AUGGCAUCAAAACUUAUCAUUUUAAGACAAAUAAUAUCUGAAUUAAGACAUGCUUUACCAAAAGAUAAGAUCAAAGAUGACUUAACUGUUCAGUACAUAUUGAAUCAGUACAGGAAAUAUCUAGUAACAGGAGAACAACUUUGCAAAGCUAGAGAAGAAAUGCAAUUUAUAGCAAACACUUAUUUGUGUUACUUGAGAAGUACAAGGUUGAGUAAAGAAAUUCAACAAGAAUUUCAUGGAAAAGGAGAAAGAACUGUGGAAGAUACUGCAAAAUUAGUUGGAUUCAAAUUGCCCCAUGAUCCAAAAUAGUUUAAUUGUAGUAGUAAUAUGUAAAUAGUAGUAUAAGUGAAAUUAUAUUAGAAUUGUACAGGAUGAAGUAAAUAAAUUAAAUUGAAUCAGU